AUGUGUAUGUGUGUGUUUCUUCUGCCUGUCAUGGCAGAAGGAUUCUUUGACUUUUGCUUAAACAGUGAAACCAUGAUUUAUCUUGCUUUGAUUUUGUGCUUAUGUUUGACACAUUUCUUGGAAUUCUUCAGCUAAAAGUUGGGUGCUUUUGGAUUGUGUUUUUUGGUGGGAUUAAAUUUUUGUUAUUUAUGACAGGAAAUAAAUAUAGAUGCACGUUGUAUGUUGUCUUAAUAGGAAUUUUUUUGAGGCAAAAUUUUAAUUUAAUAGGAGUAUUUAAGACGAACAUAACUCGACUUCAUAAAUUUCUAGGCUGUAAGAAUAACAAGAAAUCAGUGUGAAGAAUACUUAAUCCCAUCAGUCAUGAGCUAGACUUUUGUGCCCCAAAAAUAUGCAUAAAUGGAGGGUGAGGUGCUUUUCAUUCUAAUAAGAUUUCCCUCUUUAAAAAGUUUGGAUCAAGAAAUAUAGUUAGGGGAUGAAGAUGGCUGGAGCUAUUAAUGUGGGUUGAAAGAAUUUCCAUACCCUUAAAAAAAGUUUGGACUAAGAAAUAUAGAUAGGGGAUGAAAAUGGCUGGAGUCAUUAAUGUGAGUUGAAAGAAUUUGCAUUGUAUCAUCCCAUUUUAUUGAUAACUCAGAAGCUUGACAUGUAUGUGGGGGCCUACCGGCCUAGGUAAGGCGUGGUUCUGAUGGAGAAAAUUUGCUCGUCUACGCUGCGGUUAGGUUUGCCAAAUCUCUACAUGUGCAUCGUAGGAUCAUUGAUAACCACACGAAGUUGUUACUUACGAGUUUACAUAACAUAGCUUCAUUUAUUUUGUCAAGAAAGUUGUGUGGUUAUAUUCAAAGAUGGAAGUGAAUACUUGAUUUGAUUGGUUCUUCUUUGAAUAAUGAGUGCUGGGUUGGAUAAGCCCUCUCCAGAUGGCGAAGAGGAUUCGUUAUCAGCAGAAACCCAGCAGGGGAAGAUCAACGAGGUAAGAAAGUUAGUCGGGCCAGUGUCGGGGAAACUAGCCAUCUAUUGCUCGGAUGCAUGUAUCGCGAGAUAUUUGAGAGCACGAAGCUGGAGUGUGAAGAAGGCCGUGAAAAUGCUCAAGGCAACUCUAAAGUGGAGAUUGGAGUACAUGCCAGAAGAGAUACGUUGGGGAGACGUUGCAGCGGAAGCAGAAACGGGAAAGAUUUACAGAUCGAGUUACAAAGAUAAACAGGGGAGGCCAGUUCUUGUGAUGAGACCUCGUUGUCAGAAUACAAAGUCGAUAAAAGGGCAAAUCAAGUAUUUGGUUUAUUGCAUGGAGAAUGCAAUUCUGAAGCUCAGUGAGGAAGAGGAACAAGAGCAGAUGGUGUGGUUGAUUGAUUUCCAUGGUUUCAGCUUGUCCAAUGUAUCAAUCAAGGUCACCAAGGAAACUGCUCACGUCCUGCAAGACCAUUACCCCGAGAGGCUCGGCGUCGCGAUUUUAUACGACCCCCCCAAGAUUUUCGAACCAUUUUGGAAGAUGGCUAAGCCCUUUCUGGAGCCUAAAACGGCCAACAAAGUGAAGUUUGUUUACUCGGAUGAUCCUAACACGAGCAAGAUCAUGGAUGAGUUGUUCGACAUGGAGAAGGUAGAGUCCGCGUUUGGUGGGAAAGACGGAGAAGAUUUUGAUGUCAACAAGUACGCGACGAGGAUGAGGAAGGACGACGAAAAGCUUCCCUUCGUGUGGAGGACACCACCACCACCACCACCACCAGAUAUAACAGCAGAGAAAGCUGCCGUUUCUAGUGAUGAAGAUUACUGAGCUACAAUGGAUGUGUUGUGGAUUCGACUUCGCCAUUUUCAACUAUAAAAAGCUUAAUGGACAAAAUUCCAUUGUUUCCAAUUACGCGAUUAAGAAAAAACUACACUACAUAACAAUUGGCAGCUCACAUAUAAUGUAGUAAGCCGGUUUUCAGAUAAUAUUCUGCAUUUUACCAACUGUAUCGCCAUAAUUUCUUUUAACUCAUUUUUUCCUUCAUUAUAAAUAGUUAUUUCCUCCUUUCCAAUUCAA